UUAGUUCCUGCUUGUGUUUCUCUGCUGUGAUAGUUCGUUGACCAUGUAUCUUCGCAGAGUUCUUCUAGCCGGGGGUUCUGCAGCUGCCGGGGCUCUUCUGGCAGCUGUAGCGGUAGGGAAAAGAAGUGGAGACUCAAACUCUGCUAACGGCUCCCAGGCUGCGGCGACGGCAGCGCGAUGGGACCAUAACUGGGACCGUCGAGAGCCACUCUCACUUGUCAACCUACACAAAGUGACUAAAGCAAAUGAAGAGACUGGGGAGGAGGAGCUACAGCUGCACGUGAACAAGCGCAAAGCAAGGGCCACUCGACACAUCUUUCUCAUUCGACACUCCCAGUAUAACUUGGAUGGCAAAACAGACUCCGAAAGAGUACUUACCUCACUUGGCCGAGAGCAAGCAGAGUUUACAGGAAAGCGGCUGGCAAGUUUAGGACUAAAAUAUAACAAGAUCAUUCACUCCUCCAUGACAAGAGCUGCUGAGACAACAAAUAUCAUUAGCAAACACCUUCCAGGUGUAGAACAAACAAGUUGUGAUUUGCUAAGGGAAGGAGCCCCUAUCCGACCAGAGCCCCCUGUAUCUCACUGGAAACCAGAUGUAGUGCAGUAUUAUGAAGAUGGCGCUCGAAUCGAGGCUGCUUUCAGGCAAUUAAUUCAUCGUGCUGACCCCAAACAGGAAGAGGACAGCUAUGAGAUUGUAAUCUGUCACGCCAAUGUCAUUCGUUAUAUUGUAUGCAGAGCACUGCAGUUCCCCCCUGAAGGUUGGCUCCGCAUGUCUCUUAACAACGGCAGCAUCAGUCACUUGGUUAUCCGUCCAAAUGGAAAUGUUUCCUUAAGGGCACUUGGGGACUCCGGAUUUAUGCCUCCAGAGAAAGUUACCCGGACUUGAUUGGUAGCUGUUAAUUACCAUCCUAAAGCGCUGUCACUGUCUGCCCUGUUGGCGCUUUGUACCAGCACCCUACGCUCUCUUUACCUAGGGCUGGGAUGGGUUCACAUCCCAUAGCAGUGACUACAGGCUGAUUUGUUCUAGAGAACAUACUUGUGCUACAAAUAAAGAGAAUGGUUUCUCAGGCAGCCUAGGAGACAUAAAGCACAUGCAGGCAGUUCCCAAGUGGCAUUACUCAUUACAGUAUUACUGUUAUGAUUGUUAUUUUUAUAGGGUUGCUAUCACAAAUUUAGGGGUUAGAUGGCACAAUAGCUAAUCUGCACAGGGAAUUUAUUUGUUGAAGGGCUCAUCAACAAAUAGUAUAGCACAAGGUGACCUAAAAGCCAUUUCAGUAAGCACAGUAAAGAUGAGUAAUGUAUUCAGUGUGUAGAUUUACCAACAUAUGCAAGCAAAAUAAAACGUGACAAAGGGAGUGUUUUUAAUCUUUGAACAAAGCUAUUUUCAAGUGACAUUUUAAGAAAAUGUAACUGUCAAUUGUAUUAAUCUUAAUAUUCAGGGAUAUUUUAUUUGUACUAGUGCAUUUUGUACCUUCACUUUUCUUAACUGUUUUUUUUUUUUUUGUCAUAUGAUAUAUUCUGGAAUAUUGCUUGAUCACUCAUUUUGUUUUUCUGCUGCACGUGUCCUUUACGCAGCUAAUUCACACAAUUGAUAAGUAAGCCCUUUGACUUUGAUGCAUCAUUUUGCAACUGAAUAUGGGACGUCCUAUUAAGCAGCUAAACCCCAGUCAUGUUUUUUCAUUUAAAUGGUUUUUUACACCCCGUGUUCUGUAGUUUUUCACUAGAUACUUUGUUGAUUAAAAUAAUGGAUAUAAAAUAAAAAAAUUCUUUCCUGA